GUAUCACAAUGGUGUUCGUGAGACGGGAAUCUUUCCUCAUUCUCAUUUGAUGAGCUAAUGUCCCGCACUUAUAUAAGCUAGACAAUGCCAAUUAAUCUAGUAUUACCCUGAAGACUGUUAGGUACUAUUUAACUGAGAUCAGAAUGCGCGUACUCCUCCUGUGCUUGGGAUGCCUGUUGGCAGUGAUGGCAACCAUGGCGGCAGAAGACUACGAAGAGCUUUUACAAACCGACACCGCAGCACUUUUGAAAGACGAGUCCAAAUGGAAGGUGCUCUUCAACUGCCUAAUGGGCCGCGGCCCUUGUGAAGAGUACGACAGUGUAAAAGAUUUGCGGAUGCUAAGUUCCGUGACAGUCGUGCACAUAGCGAAUACAGCUACGACAAUUAAACCCCUAACAGAUAGAACGCCGGGCGAAGACUUCGAGAUCUUGUUCCAAACUGACCCUAAACCUCUGCUACAAGACAAGACCAAAUGGAAGUUCCUUUUUGAGUGCCUGAUGGACAUGAGGCCUUGUGGUCUAUAUAUGAAUGUUAAAGAUGCGCUGCCUAAACUUGUCCGGAGCAAGUGCGAAGGAUGCACCCCUGAACAGAAGGAGAAGUUUGAAAAGACCUUGCAACAGUUUCUGGAGAAGUACCCCGAGGAUUACACGGAGCUAUCCAAUAAGCUAUUCCCUAAGCCUGAAUAAAUGAUUAUUAUAAGAGUGGUUUCACAUUAUCCGAUCCGAUAUCGGAUGUCGGAUGACCUUUAAAGAAAAAACUGAUAAAAAAUGCUAUGGCAUCAAGUCCUUUUAUUUUUGUAUUAACGCUUUCUUUUGAAUAACAAAAAAGUACAUUUUUUUAUAAAAUUUAUAGCACAUAAUCGGAAUAUUGUUACAAAAUAUCAAAUGAUCUCAAAUUAAAUAAAACAUAAUGAUUAAAAAAAAAAAACAAAAUAUAACCAAUAAUUAAAUGUAUAAAAAUUUAUAAUGUCUCUUUUUACUUUUUGCUUCUUCGUGGUCGUAUCUGAAAUCGGAUCGAACAAUGUGAAAACCCUUUAAUAAUGUUUUAGAAUUGGCUUUACGCUUAAAAUGUUGUAUUAAAUUUAAAAGUUCGAAAUUGUUAAAUUUGUUUUUGUACAUAUGCCGAGCAAAUAGCUGGUCAUUCAAUAAAAUAAUAUUAAAAUA